GUUAUUUGGGCUCUGAUAUUUGUAGGCGUUGGAAACCCCAGCCCUCCAUUGUAUUCUGAUUCUCGCACAACGAUCAUUUCUUUUUUUCUUUUUUUGGACGAAAAAAAGAAACCCUCGGAAACGGCAAUGAAAAGUUUCAGGGUUCUCUUCUUUGCUCUACUCCUCCUCGCUUCUCCUCUCCUCCAAGUUGCUAGAUCUCAAUCAGAACCUGAGGCAGAUGUUGCAGAAGUUGUUGAAGGAGGUGAUCUCGGGCUUGUUGGUGAGGAUGUUCAGGAUUUUGGUGAUGGGAAUUUUGGCCCAGCUCCAGGAGUUGAAACUGUCUGCGUUUUCCCCAAAAAUAGUGCCAAAUUGGUUCUGGCUGGAGAAGAGACAGAACUCCUUGUUGGGAUGGAAAAUGUUGGGGAGUCACCUUUGAAUGUCAUUGCUAUCAAAGCCAGUGUUCAUCUCCCUUUCGAUCAUCAUAUGCUUGUUCAAAAUCUUACAGCACAGGCCUUUAACAAUGCAUCUGUACCCCCUUCAGUGCAAGCUACUUUCCCUUACGUAUUUGCUGUUAGCAAGUACUUACAGCCUGGAACUUUUGAUCUUGUGGGUACAAUUAUCUAUGAUAUUGACCAGCACCCAUACCAAAGUACAUUCUAUAAUGGUACCAUUGAAGUUGUAGAGGCUGGUGGUUUCCUCAGUGUUGAGUCUGUAUUUCUUGUUACCCUUGGGAUUGCACUUCUUGUUCUCCUUGGUUUAUGGCUUCAUGGUCAAUUUCAGCGUUUAUCCAAGAAAACUAAGAGGGCUCCAAAGGUGGAAGUCGGGACCGGAACUACUGAUGCGUCACUGGACGAAUGGCUUCAGGGAACUGCUUACACUCAGUCAGCGUCCAAAUUAAAGAAGAAGAAGUAGAUGAACACUGCUUGUGAAGUCAGGCUAUUGUAACUCAAGCUAGGCAUUUGGAAAAUCUAAGUGAGGGCGCAAGUAGUUUGAGAAUUAGGCCAUGAAAAGACAUACUUUGAUGUUGUAACAUCUGAAAGGAUUUUUUUUUACUACAUUUUUAUUUUCAUGAGGAUGCUGAAAUUGAGGCUUUUUGAAGCAAAACUAAUUCUGAUGUAAGGCAGAAGGAUUCAUUUUAGAGAACCAGAGGAAAUUUUCCUCAUCACAUGAUAUUUUCCCGCUCCAACAAUGGCUUUUGGUUCGUGUUUCUUGGUUUCUCGUACAUUACCAAAUGUAGGUCCCAAGUUAGUCUCAUCAGUGUGGUGUGUUGAAAAUCUUGCUCACAGCCUCUUUAACCUUUCACCGCUUAAAAUGUACUGGUUUUACAAUAUCUGUGUCAAGGGUCCAUUUCUUAUGUAAAUAAAUUCCUAUAUCCAGUGCACAAGUCCUGAUUC